GGAAGCUCAACCUUCCUGGCGCGACCAUUGUUCUGCUAGCAUUCACCACUCGGCCCACAUCUGCUACCUCUGUAUACCUCGGACUUCUACGAGCGGCGCGAACACUCUGGAAAUUGUGCGCAUGGGCUGCUGGAUAUAAGAAUCUGGGCUGCGUUGCAGGCCGAAGGCGCGUCUCGCUGAAGCACGCGCGUUGAAUACCACACACUGUCGACUCUUCACUGGGCCAGUCAGAAUAAAGACAAUAGAGUCGCGUAGUAGCAACCAAGGCCGUCUACCUGUCAUUCCACCUUCUACCGAUCUCUACCGUUGAACCGUGCAACUUCGUCUACCUCACCCCAAGAACCGCGCGCAUCUACCUUACCGUAUCCCUCGCACAACGCGCAACAUGUUUUUCCUCAAAGAACUCGAGAAGACCAUCCAGUUGCAUCCGUCAUACUUUGGUCCUCUCAUCCGUCAGCACAUCCAUCGCGAAUUGCUGCAGAAAGAGGAGGGAUCGAGUACCGGAAAGUACACCAUCGUGUGUAUUCUGGACUCGUUCGAUAUCUCUGAUGGCAAGGUCAUGCCUGGCUCUGGAUCUGCCGAGUACGUUGUGCACUACAAGGCAGUCGUAUGGCGGCCCUACAAAGGCGAGGUGAUGGACGGCAUUGUUACCUCAGUACUGCGUACUGGAUUCUUCGUCGACUGCGGCUCUUUGCAGGCCUUUGUGGGACGUAGUAUGAUUCCCGCUGAAAUCAAGUUCGACGCCAAUGCUACACCGCCGCAGUGGACAGACGAUGGAGAGCAGGUCAUUGAAAAGGGUACCAACAUCCGCAUUAAGAUCAAGGGUCUCAGAUCCGAGGUGGACAAGAUGUAUGCCGUAGGCACCAUGAAGGAGGAUUAUCUCGGUCCAUUGCCGUCAUAGACUGACAACUCGACGACCCCUGCCGACGCGCGCGAGUUUAUCAACGGAAGCAGAGCGCCAGCGCCCGAGCAGCAUAAUCAAGGAGUUGUUUUUACUGCAGAACCGAGGUCACUAUUCGAUGGAACCGUCGACAACCCAUCCACAACUCAACCACCGUAGAAACAUGAGGCGUAAUAGCGAGCUCUUGGCUGUAUCAGUAUCCGUGGGGAGUAUGGCAAUCACUUGAAUGGAUUCAAAAGUCUGGGAAACGCAGGGCAGUUGAGGCUCUGCAUAGAAGCGUACGGC